AUGGUUGUGGACAUAGCGAACUCGAAGCUUUCGUGGAAGACAGGGGAAGCAGCACUAUUUGUUGAGACAACUUCCCGAACUGUCAACAAGCUAAGUGUUCUGCUCGAACGUUAUUCGGACGUUUUUGUGAAACGACCGAGCGAUCCUUUAGGUCUAACCACCAGUGAAGCAAAGGCCCUAUCGGAUUUCCGUUCAUCUCAACAAAGUCGUGAACAAUCAG